AUGCUCGCUAGACACACCCAGUCAGCCCUGGCUACCCCCCUUCGCUCACUUGCGAGGGGUAUGGCCUCAUACGAGCAGUCAUCGCGCCCUCCUCGGUUCGGAAAUGGCCCUGCCACGCCACGACCCCAUAAUGGCCGGCCCCCUCCCCACCUCCUGACCCUCGCCGACCUCUCGCCGGAGCAAAUCUCCGAACUCCUCCUCUCGUCCCUUACCUACAAGCACCUUUGCAAAGCCUUCUCGGCUCAGGUUGUCAGGACAAGUCUGAAGGGCAAGACGGUCGCUAUGCUAUUCAACAAGCGGUCUACCCGGACGCGGGUGGCCAGCGAGACGGCCACGUCGGUGCUGGGUGGGAACGCCAUGUUCCUCGGCGGAGCGGACAUCCAGCUGGGCGUAAAUGAGUCGCUGCGGGACACAGCGCAGGUCAUUGGCAGUAUGGCAGAUGGGUUCAUGGCUCGCGUAGGAGACCACCGGGAAAUCGAAGAACUCGCGCAAUACUCGUCCGUCCCCGUCGUCAACGCUCUCUCGUACCUCUGGCACCCCACUCAGAUCCUCGCAGACCUCUUGACGCUGUACGAAGCCUACGCUCCACCCCUCGACCUCAAGGAGGGCGCAUACCACCGAGGUCAGGUCCAGACCGACCUGGCCAAGUUCAUCCGGACUCGCGUCGACCCGCUCUCGGUUCUCAAGGGCAAGAAGAUUGCCUGGGUCGGAGAUAUGAACAACAUUGUCUGGGAGUUGAUGGCGACUGUUCCGAGAUUAGGAAUGGAGAUGAGCGUGGCGACGCCGGCGGGGUACGAUAAGGUCGAUGAUGCUGUCAUGGCCCGAUUAAAGGGGCACGGUAUCGAUCGAUCCAUCACCUUCACCAACUCCCCCAAGGAGGCACUCCACAAUGCCGACGUGGUCGUCACCGACACCUGGAUCUCGAUGGGGAUGGAGGCCGAGAAGGAGGAGCGGAUGAAGGCGUUCCAGGGGUAUCAAGUGACGAAUGAGAUGGUCGAGUCGGCGGGCGCCAAGGCGGACUGGAAGUUCCUGCAUUGUCUCCCGAGGAAGCCGGAGGAGGUGGAUGAUGAGGUGUUCUACGGGCCGAGGUCGUUGGUGUUCCCCGAGGCGGAGAACCGGAAGUGGACCACUAUUGGGGUGUUUGAGUGA